CAUGUGACCACAUGCCUCUGCCUCUUCUCUGCUCUGCUCCUCUCUUCUCCUCUCCGCUCUCUCAUAAUACACAAUUCCCAUUCCCAUUCCCAUUCCCAUUCCAAUUCCAUUUUCAUUUCGAUUCAACUGAUUCCUCCCUCGCCCUCCAUCUCCAAAAAUCGAAGAAAAACCCUACCCCAGGUUAGGCAAAAAUUACUGCAAUUAUAGAUACAUAAAUUUAUGUAAUUGUGGGGGAAUUAAGCGUCGACUAAGCAGCGAAGGAUGGAGAAAAGCGGGAAUGGAUUUGUGCGAGCAGAUCAAAUCGAUUUGAAGAGCUUGGAUGAGCAGCUCGAGCGGCACUUGAAUAGGGCGUGGACGAUGGAGAAGAACAAGAAGAAGAAUCAGGAAGAAGUUUUCUCCUCCUCCGCGACCUCCACCCCCAUCGCCGCCACCACUGCCGCCGCCGCCGUCGUUCCGACGGUAUCCAUCGCCCCUAUUCCCGCUCCGGCGACGACCGCCGCCCGGAGGCAGCGACAGGAGUGGGAGAUCGACCCCUCCAAGUUGAUUAUUAAGAGCGUGCUUGCACGUGGCACGUUUGGGACCGUCCACCGUGGCGUUUACGACGGUCAGGAUGUUGCCGUUAAACUGCUGGACUGGGGCGAAGAGGGCCACCGAACGGAAACUGAAAUAGCAUCCUUAAGAGCUGCAUUUACUCAAGAAGUUGCUGUAUGGCAUAAACUCGAACACCCUAAUGUGACAAAGUUUAUAGGCGCAACGAUGGGCUCCUCGGAUCUUAACAUCCAGACAGAAAAUGGUCAGAUUGGUAUGCCUAGUAAUAUAUGUUGUGUUGUCGUGGAAUAUCUACCGGGAGGUGCCUUAAAAUCUUAUCUCAUAAAGAACCGGAGAAAGAAGCUCGCAUUUAAAGUAGUUGUGCAGAUGGCACUUGAUCUUGCUCGAGGGCUAAGUUACCUCCACUCUCAGAAAAUUGUUCACAGGGAUGUGAAGACAGAAAAUAUGUUGUUAGAUAAGACACGUACGGUGAAAAUAGCUGAUUUCGGGGUUGCUCGUGUAGAAGCCUCAAAUCCCAAUGACAUGACGGGAGAGACUGGAACCCUUGGUUACAUGGCACCUGAGGUUCUCAACGGUAAUCCGUACAACAGGAAAUGCGACGUAUACAGCUUCGGCAUAUGUUUAUGGGAAAUAUAUUGCUGCGACAUGCCGUAUCCCGACCUCAGUUUCUCCGAGGUGACAUCAGCAGUCGUCCGGCAGAACUUGAGGCCUGAAAUACCGAGAUGUUGCCCGAGCUCCCUGGCGAAUGUGAUGAAGCGAUGCUGGGACGCGAACCCGGACAAAAGGCCCGAAAUGGACGAGGUAGUGGCGAUGUUAGAAGGUAUCGACACGUCGAAAGGCGGCGGGAUGAUCCCUGUGGACCAGCAGCAGGGAUGUUUCUGUUUCUGGAAACAUAGAGGUCCUUGAAAGAUUAAUGCAUACCUACAUUUUCUAGGGGAGGGCUGUAUUGUAUAAGGUAUGAAAUUUCUGUCAAUUGUAUUGUGCACAGAAAAUUGAAAACCAGAGAUGCAAUUCCUGAUCCAGAAUAUAUAUAUACAUAUAUAUAUAUGUAUAUGUAUGUAUGUAUGAAUACGAACGUACUUACGAUACGUGGGAUAUAUGUACAGAGGUUGUGCAAACUAGGCUCGACAGACAAGUUAUACUAGGCAAACUAUGUGUGCCAAGUGACCUGAGGCGUUUGGAUUACAAAUUCAACCACCAGACCAUUCCUUAUCGACUAUUUUGCAAUUAAUUUUAAA